CCAUCGAAUCUAAAUGAGAUCCUUGCCGGGUAGAGUAAUCUUGGUUGUAGGUUCUUCCCUUUCAUCACUUUAAGUAUAUCAUGCCACUCCCUCCUGGCUUGUAGAGUUUCUGCUGAGAAAUCAGCUGUUAACCUUAUGGGAGUUCCCUUGUAUGUUAUUUGUCGUUUUUCCCUUGCUGCUUUCAAUAAUUUUUCUUGGUCUUUAAUUUUUGCCAAUUUGAUCACUAUGUGUCUCAGCGUGUUUCUCCUUGGGUUUAUCCUGUAUCGGACUCUCUGUGCUUCCUGGACUUGGGUGGCUAUUUCCUUUCCCAUGUUAGGGAAGUUUUCGACUAUAAUCUCUUCACAUAUUUUCUCUGGUCCUUUCUCUCUCUCUUCUCCUUCUGGGCACCCUAUAAUGCGAAUGUUGUUGUGUUUAAUGUUGUCCCAGAGGUCUCUUAGGCUGUCUUCAUUUCUUUUCAUUCUUUUUUCUUUAGUGUGUUCUGCAGCAGUGAAUUCCACCAUUCUGUCUUCCAAGUCACUUAUCCAUUCUUCUGCCUCAGUUAUUCUGUUAUUGAUUCCUUCUAGUGUAGUUUUCAUUUCAGUUAUUGUACUGUUCAUCUCUGUUUGUUCUUUAAUUCUUCUAGGUCUUUGUUAAACAUUUCUUGCAUCUUCUCGAUCUUUACCUCCAUUCUUAUUCCGAGGUCCUGGAUCAUCUUCACUAUCAUCAUUCUGAAUUCUUCUUCUGGAAGGUUGCCUAUCUCCACUUCAUUUAGUUGUUUUUCUGGGGUUUUAUCUUGUUCCUUCAUCUGGUAUAUAGCCCUCUGCCUUUUCAUCUUGUCUGUCUUUCUGUGAAUGUGGUUUUUGUUCCACAGGCUGCAGGAUUAUAGUUUUUCUUGCUUCUGCUCUCUGCCCUCUGGUGGUUGAGGCUAUCUAAGAGGCUUGAUGGGAGGCUCUGAUGGUGGGUAGAGCUGACUGUUGCUGUGGUGGUCAGAGCUCAGUAAAACUUUAAUCCACUUGACUGUUGAUGGGUGGGGCUGGGUUCCCUCCCUGUUGGUGGUCUUGCCUGAGGAAACCCAACACUGGAGCCUACCUGGGCUCUUUGGUGGGGCUAAUAACAGACUCUGGGAGGGCUCAUGCCGCCAAGGAGUACUUCCCAGAACUUCGGCUGCCAGCGUCACCAUCCCCACAGUGAAACAGAGCCACCCCCUGCCUCUGCAGGAGACCCUCCAACACUAGCAGGAUUGGCCACAAAGAAACCUGUAAGUAAUGGAAGGAAACACUCUGCUGGUAAAGAAUGUUAUGGUCCUGAACCUCUACCACCUGGUGUGUCUGGUUUUCUGCCGUGGCGUACUGCAGAACGUGCAAAAAGCAACAGGGCUUUCCAUUCAUCAAAGCUCGUGAUGUAUGUAAUCAGGUGCAGGUCCAUCAGAAUUUCCUGUGACUGUGACAGUAGAGAGUCCUUCCUCCUCAGAAAUCGAAGAGGUCGAAGAUUCCUCAGAAAGUGUUCAGGAAGAGCCAGAGAAAAUCAGUUUGAAACAAGAAGCAUUGCAGGCCUUCAUGCCCACUCAUUGACAAGCAUGAUCCUGGAUGAGGAAGGUGUUUUGGGCAGCACUGAGAAUUCUUUUCAGAAGUUCCAUGCUUUCUUGGAUCUCCUUAAAGAUGCUGGUUUCAGAAAAUUACAGGUGAUGCUGGGCUUCCUUUGCCUCUCGACUCCUUCCAUGUCCCAGUCUCUACUCAGGAGGCCUUAGAAACUUCCAAAGACAACCUGGGGGUCCCAGUCACAGAGCAGCAGCAGGAGUCUUUUGAAGAUUUCAUUGCUAGAACAUGUUCUCCCUUCAGCAGACGUCAUUUCUGGAACUGGAAGUCAAAGAAAAGAAGAGGAAUUAUCUAGAAAUAGCAGGUCUUCUUCAGAGAAAAUGAGC